CUCAGUUUAAGUCCUAUAUAAACCCCCCGAAAUCCCCAAUCCUCUGCACUGCUUCGGCUUAUUUAGUCAAACCCAAGUUCACUUCUUCUUCUUCAUAUUUUUCUCCGAAACUGCAUCUGAGUGAAGAGAAAAGGAAAAAAAAUGGUGUCGAAGGUUUUCUCCUCCGUGUCCUUUUUCCUGAUUGCUCUGUUCAUGAUUGGAUCUGUAGCUCAUGCUUCUUCGGAAGAGUCUGCAUCGGAAGAGUUUGUUGUCACUUUGGACCACUCCAAUUUCACCGAUUUCGUCGCUAAACAAAAGUUUGUUGUUGUCGAGUUUUACGCCCCCUGGUGUGGUCACUGCAAGAAGCUAGCUCCUGAGUUUGAGAAAGCUGCUUCAAUUUUGAGCAAGGAGGAUCCUCCUCUCAUUCUAGCCAAAGUUGAUGCCAAUGAGGAAGAAAACAAGGUUCUUGCAAGAGAAUAUGAUGUUAGUGGCUUCCCCACUAUCAAGAUCCUGAGGUUUGGAGGGAGUGUGGUUCAAGAAUACAAAGGACCUCGUGAGGCAGAUGGUAUUGUUACUUAUGUGAAGAAGCAAAGUGGUCCGGCUGCAGUUGAAAUAAAAUCUAAGGAAGAUGCAUCUUUGCUCAUUGAUGACAAGAAGAUCGUGAUCAUCGGUGUGUUUCCUGAGUUUUCUGGGGAGAAGUUUGAAAACUUCACAACUCUGGCUGAGAGGUUGCGCUCUGACUAUGAGUUUGGUUAUGUUGUGGAUGCAAAACUUCUGCCUCGUGGGGAUUCAUCUGUUUCAGGUCCCAUUAUCCGCCUAUUCAAGCCUUUCGAUGAGCUCUUCGUAGACUUUCAGGAAUUCAAUGUCGAUUCUCUCGUAAAUCUUAUCGAAGAAAAAAGUAUUCCUACUGUGACUGUGUUUGACAAUGAUCCGAACAAACAUCCUUAUGUCGUAAAGUUCUUCAACACUGAAAAUGACAAGGCAAUGUUGUUUCUAAAUUUCAGUAGUGAGAGCAUUGAAGCAUUCAAAUUGAAAUAUCAUGAUGUCGCUGAGCUGUACAAAGGACAAGGAAUUGGUUUCCUGAUUGGUGACCUUGAUGCUAGUAAAGGUGCUUUCCAGUACUUUGGACUCAGCGAAGACCAGGUGCCUCUAAUUGUCAUACAGAAAAAUAACGGCCAGAAAUUUCUCAAAACUAAUCUGGAGCCUGAUCAUAUUGCUCCUUGGGUGAAGGAUUACAAGGCUGGUAAUGUACAAGCUUUCAAAAAGUCAGAGCCCAUCCCUGAAGUCAACAACGAACCUGUCAAAGUGGUGGUUGCUGAUAAUCUUCAAGAUUUUGUUUUCAACUCUGGCAAAAAUGUUCUGUUGGAAUUUUAUGCUCCAUGGUGUGGCCACUGCAAAAAGCUGGCCCCAGUACUUGAUGAAGUUGCUGUCUCAUUUGAAGAUGAUGAGAGUGUUGUCAUUGCAAAACUGGUAAGAGGCUUGAAAUCUUCAUCGUAACUAGUCAUCAUAACUUAACAGACAGAAGUGGGAGAUACUGAUUCUUUGUUCUUUUAGUUGUCCUCUCAUUGAAUUUGUCUAAUCACCACUUUUUAGCUUAAAGAUGUCUUGUUUAUGAGCAUGUGCCAAUGACUUCCAUAGCAAAUUCUCUAGCAUUGAGAUAAUUAAAUGUGCUUUCAGAUGGUCAUGUGGAGACUAUUCAUAUAUUUUUCAGAUGUGAGUCAUCACAUGUUAAGGAAAAAUGAUGGAAACCAGAGAUUAUAUAGUUUUUCUUUUUUGAGGUUGUCCUUUGUGAUUUGCGUCUGUGUCGGAUCCUGAUUUGUUGGUAGAUUUCCUAUAACCAUUAGGCUACAUGUUGAAAAGUUUGUGAGCUCUAAAGAAACAUGUUGAAACAUUUGUAACUAUUAGUUAUUACAUAGUACAUCAUCAAAUGGAUCUUGUUCUAUGCUCUAUAGACUAAACCAUUUAACGCAACUUAAUAUGGGGAUAUUCUAAAUCACGUGAUAUUUUAGCUAUCUUUUUGUUGCCAAGCUGAUUGAGUGGUUCACAUCUAAUGAAUGAUUAAAAUACGCAAAUACAUCAUUCAUUUUGUUGCAUGAGAAGUUUCUGCAUUUUAACUGGUUAAUUGACUUUUUUGUUAUGUUUUUUUUUUCAUUUCUCUUCACUCUGAUAUGCUGAUCAUUUUACGGAAUUUGACUGUGCAUAUAAUGACCCAUAGUGUAUAAUCAUCAACCCACCUUCCAAACAUGUGAGGUGCAGACAUUGUGUUCUAACCACGUCUAUAUAUCUGUAGUUUCCCGUAAAUUGUGUUCUUUCAUAUAAAUUUUGUUCAAUUCUGAUCUCUCCUGUAUUGUAGGAUGCUACUGCUAAUGAUAUCGACCCAGAUGUCUUCGAUGUCAAAGGGUACCCUACACUGUAUUUCAAGUCAGCAAGUGGAAAGAUUCUGCCGUAUGAUGGGGAUAGGUCCAAGGAAGACAUAAUUGACUUCAUUAAGAAGAACUCCGAUAAGAGCACUCAGCAAGAAUCUGGAAAAGAUGAGCUUUAAUGAAGGUUAUCUUCUAAUACUCAUUUCAAGAAAAAGAAAAUUGUGAUAACCUACUAGGUUUUAAUUGUGUUUAAGGAUUACCUUUAGAUGCUCUAUAAGGGAAGUUAUGAAAGAAAAACAAUCUUUUUGAAGGCAAGGAAAAUCAAUUUUAAUAAAUAAAAUUUCUGAUCUCACUUAUUUCAAUUGGCUGCUGACUUCGAGAUAUUUCAUUAUACAUCCGCAUUGUUUUCUACCUCGGUUAUAAAAGUAGCGGCACUUGUAUCACAUACACGUUUAUCUCCUUUACAUUUUGCAUGUAUGAAUCAAUGUUUAGAUCAGGGAUUGCACACACAACAGCCUGCUUUGGGUAUAUACUUUUUGUGCAAUUUUGUUUGAGUAGUAAUGAUAUUUAGAAUGGCUUUUUAGAUGAUGACUGAGAUUGAUGUGGCACCGGUAAUGAUGCAUAAUUUAUUGGUGACUGAUAAUCAUCUAUUGGAUCGUUUUAACUUGAGACUUCCUUUGCAGAUAGUGGCAUUUCCAAAUACACAGAUGUAUGUGAGGUUGAUGAACAGAAACACCACCUUUUUGGCGGCCUUUACAGAGCUAUUAUCCACAGGAACCCAGAGUUUCAACACCCCCUUCCCUACUUCGUCUCAACCUUGUUUUCCCGAGCCCUCCUUAGGUAGCUUUGAAAUAAAUCGCCUGCCUGUACCUCUAUGGUCAGGUUUGGUUGUUUAGAUAGUGGUCCCAGAAAAUAGCAAGGUCAUGUAAUAGUAUUAUCAAAAUGUCUUCAGUUUAAAGAUUUUCCAAUUGCCGAAAACAAUAUGAUCAUAUCAGCCUCUUUUGUUUUCCAUCUUGUGUUCUUAUUGCAUGUUGUUAUAGUUGACUUCGUGGUUGUGAUCUCAUAUGUUUGUCGACCAAAGUCGAUGGAUACAUGCUAUUAUUGAUUAGCCGAUCUUGUUUAACAUUACUGCAUUUCCCAACAUCAUGUUUAAGAACGAAGACCUUGUAGAAAACCCAACUGACUUUAGAAUGAAGUCCUUUUUUUUUUUUGGUUUUGUUUUUCCUUACAUAUAAACAGCUGAAAAACGAUAUUUUAAGCCUUAAUAACUUACAUCUCCUAACCAGAGUCUAUAAUCUUCAUUCCGAGAAAUCUCUCUUCCUCAGGUUUGUUCUGGCGGUGUAUAACUGGAAUGAGCAUCGCCGUAGUCAAGCUCCCUCGCAUCUUUAGCCAUUCCCCAUUCAUGCAACCUCAGCUGAAGCUCAGUAGCAGCAAUCAAGAAAUGAAUUGCCUGCUUUGGAGUCAUAAUCUCAAUCACCAUUUUCAGGGUCCUAAGCCUGAGAUCAUCAGCUUUCUUUAAAACCUUCCUAAGCCCUUUUUCUUUCAGAUUCAAAGUCGAUUUAAUCUGUUCUUCCUCUGCUUCUCGAUCCCUCCUGCUCAAACCCUUCUCUUCACCCCUCAUGAAUUCACUCACCAUAUGACUCAGAUUCACCAUAUCCUGAUCAGUGGCUCUCUCUUGUUGCUUCGCAUAUUUCUCCGAUAUCUCCUUCUCUUCCGUGAUUAUCUUCCGGUGUAACUCGUCGACCUUACCGAGUUGACUCGCCGACAAAUCGGCCAAAUCAUACUUCGUCGUCGUGGCAGAGGCGAUUUCCUGCAGUAUUGACUCGCUGAGUUUGGCUUCGAGCUGUAGCCCUGAUUUUGAGUAGAGAAGGUGAAUCGCCAUGGUGGGUCUCCAGGAACCAAUCCAGAGGAAAGCAUCCUCCAGGGUGCUCGUCCAUGGUGGGGAUAUCAUUGAGAGUACGUUCUUGUCGGCCCAUUUGGAUCUGUCUCUGUAAUACCCCUCGUAAAGCCCCACCACAUGUUUCACCAUAGAACUCGGAUCUGUUGGUACCGGCGGCGAGCCCGAGCCGGUGCCGGAGCCGCCGGAGAACUGUUCCGAUGCGUUGUUGAGUUUUUGGAGAAUCUCAAUUUGUUUGUCCCUCCAUUUCUCGAAGAAUCUCUGGAAAUCCUCUUCGGCCGUAUCGUAGGCUGAUGCAGUCAUUGAAGCCAUACUAAUAUCCAUAACGGCGAUGGGCGGCGGCGGGCGGUGAGAAUUUACGACACGAAAAUAGAGGUAGAAAACUAAAACCUGAAACCAGGGCGCUGGAAAGCAAGAGACAAAGUAGUCUGCGGUUUUCAAAAGAAAACAAAAAUCGUAGUACUCUGCUCUAAAAAACUACUCCCUCGGCUACUUUUUAUAUGACAUUUUAGUUUAUGCUAUAAAAUAUUUUUUCAAUUGUAAAAAAAUUUUAAAACUAAUUCUUAGUAAUUAAGAAAACACAAUAAGAUUUUUUUAAAUUAUAAAAAUAUAUUAAAUAAAAUUUUAAAAAAAAUUAAAAUAAUUUAUAAGAAGGGUGGGAGGAAGUAGCAUUAUUUAUAUGUGUUCAUGGGAAAUUUG